UGAGGUAAUGGCUGAUCACACCACGACGAGUGGUGAAGAUCAGAGGCAGCAGGUGGCGAUCAGCAUGUGCUCGACGCCGAGCGACCGGAGCCUCGCCGGCGCCGGCAGCGCCUCCACUCCAAGAUCGUCCAAGCUGGUGCCUCUCGACUCCCUGCAGAAACUGAUGCUCAAGUCGCCGCUUUCUCCAGUCCACGACGAGCACGAGCGUACUACCCCAGCAGAGGUGCCGCUGGUGAAGAAGGUGGCGGCGGAGUUCAUCGGCACGUUCAUCCUAAUGUUCACGGUGGUGUCCACCAUCGUGGCCGACACGCAGCGCGGCGGCGCGGAGGGCCUCCUGGGCGUGGCGGCGUCGGCGGGGCUCGCCGUGGUGGCCGUGGUGCUCGCCGUCGUGCACGUCUCCGGGAGCCACCUGAACCCGGCGGUGAGCCUGGCGAUGGGCGUGUUCGGGCACCUCCCGCGCGCCCACGUGCUCCCCUACGCCGCCGCGCAGACGCUGGGGUCCGCCGCCGCCACGUUCCUGGCCAAGGGCUUGUACCGGCCCGCGGACCCCGGCGUGAUGGCGACGGUGCCGCGCGUCGGCGCCGCCGAGGCCUUCUUCCUCGAGCUGGUGCUCACCUUCGUCCUCAUGUUCGUCAUCGCCGCCGUCGCCACCGACCCGGCCUCGAGCAAGGAGCUCGUCGCCAUCUCGAUCGCGGCGGCGAUAACGAUGAACGCUCUCGUCGGAGGGCCGUCGACGGGGCCGUCGAUGAACCCGGCGCGGACGAUCGGGGCGGCGCUGGCGACGGGCAAGUACAAGGACAUCUGGGUCUACCUGGUGGCGCCGCCGCUGGGGGCCAUUGCAGGAGCUGGCACCUACACCCUCAUCAAGCCCUGAUCGGUGAUGGAUCGAUCGUCUCAUGCACCGUGCACCACGCAUGGAACAAACAGGGGAAUGUUGGUCGAGCCACUGGCAUAGUGGCGCAUGGAAUGAUGGAAGAACACAUGUAUAUGCUUGCACAUCAAAACGCAAGUGAAGCAGCAUCAUGUGUAGGGUUGCUGCAUGAUCAAGUGAACACCAGGAACCAUUUGAAACGCAUGAACUUCACACAAAACUACUGGCGUUCACUUUUGCGCUUGCAGCGGAAAGCAAACUUCAUCUUCCAUAUACGAAUUGGAGAA